UAUGCUUCCAAAUUAACGGACACAUAUCGGGUCUCCGCAGCAGGAUCCUCUGCUUCAUUUUCCCUCCUCUUCCUCACCAGAUUUUUUUUAAGUGGUUUUCUCUUGAUGCAGCAAAGCCUGGUCCUUCCCGUCAGAAUGUGAGCCUCGUCCAGCUCAUUAUUCCUCCUCUCCCUCCUCCUCCUCCUUGUUUUCCAGUAUGAUUUUAAGAAAUAGUCAGUCGGGAUUUUUGCUGCUGCGUUCAGAGCCGUCAAAAACCUCCUCCUUUUCCUCCUCCUCCUCCUGCGGGCUGCACCGACUGGCGCUGAAAACCAACACCAAGAGGAUACGGAUGUUGACCAAGACAACAUAGUCUAUUAAUAUUUCAGAGACGCUGUAAAGAGGUAUCUGCUGGUAUUAAAGCCAGAGUUGAGGUGGGUGGCUGGAGAGGACGAUCAGUUCCAUCUGCUGCGCUCCAAACUCAGGUGUGGGACAAGGGACAGCUGAGGGAACGUUCAGUUCAAAGAGGAUGGCAAUGAUGAGGAUGAUGAUGGUGAUAGGGAGGGAGGCUCUGCGCAUCUCCUGGCAUCUGUAGGAGCCUCUCCACUUCAACCUGCCCCCACCACCUACACGCCGCUUCCCCUUCCUGCCCAUCAUCCCCCAGGAAGGAUGACUGUGGUGUCCACGGAAAACAUGGACGACACCUCCACCCUGCCGGGCCACCCGCAGGAUCCCUACCCCCUUGACGACGACCACAAUGAUCAUGACUGCUGUGAGCGGGUGGUCAUCAACAUCUCUGGGUUGCGGUUUGAGACCCAACUUAAGACUCUCGCCCAGUUUCCUGACACGCUGCUCGGGAACCCCAAGAAGAGGAUGCGCUACUUCGACCCCUUACGAAACGAGUAUUUCUUUGAUCGGAAUCGUCCGAGCUUCGACGCUAUCUUGUAUUAUUACCAGUCUGGAGGUCGGUUGAGGAGACCGGUCAAUGUCCCACUGGACAUGUUCUCAGAGGAGAUAAAGUUUUAUGAACUUGGCGCAGAAGCUAUGGAGAAAUUUAGGGAGGACGAGGGAUUUAUCCGGGAAGAGGAACGGCCUUUGCCAGAGAAGGAGUUCCAGCGGCAGAUCUGGCUCCUCUUUGAGCAUCCGGAGAGUUCGGGGCCCGCUCGGGGGAUCGCCAUUGUCUCAGUGAUGGUAAUUCUUAUUUCAAUCGUCAUAUUUUGUUUGGAGACUUUACCGGAGCUAAAGGAGGAUCCCAAUGACCGCAUUCACCAAGUGGGCAACACCACCAUGUAUUACAAGGCAAGCGUCCUGACAGAUCCUUUCUUUGUAGUGGAGACACUCUGCAUCAUCUGGUUUUCAUUUGAGCUGAUCGUUCGCUUCUUUGCUUGCCCAAGCAAAGCAGCGUUCUUCAAAAACAUGAUGAACACUAUUGAUAUUGUGGCUAUAAUCCCAUAUUUCAUCACUCUUGGCACAGAGCUAGCUGACGACCAAGACAGCAAGGAGGGGAGGGGAGGAGGGGAACAGGCCACAUCUUUAGCCAUUCUCAGGGUGAUCCGUCUGGUGAGGGUAUUCCGGAUCUUUAAACUGUCCCGACACUCCAAAGGGCUCCAGAUUCUGGGGCAAACUCUCAAGGCAAGCAUGAGGGAGCUGGGGUUGCUCAUUUUCUUCCUCUUCAUUGGUGUGAUUUUAUUUUCCAGUGCCGUUUACUUUGCUGAAGCUGAGGAAAAGGAGUCGUUUUUCACCAGCAUCCCGGAUGCCUUCUGGUGGGCUGUGGUGUCCAUGACGACCGUGGGCUAUGGGGACAUGUACCCCGUGACCAUCGGAGGUAAAAUUGUUGGAUCUCUUUGCGCCAUCGCCGGUGUGUUGACCAUUGCACUGCCAGUACCGGUCAUCGUGUCCAAUUUCAACUACUUCUACCACCGGGAGACGGAGGGUGAGGAGCAAGCACAGCUGCUCAACAUCAGCAACCAGAACUUGGCAUCAGAAACCAACUCAAGCCGCCGCACUUCUUCUGUGGUCAGCAAGUCAGAGUACAUGGAGAUAGAUGAAGACUUGAACAACAGCAUUGAUAACUUUAGGGAAGCAAACCUUAGGACUGCCAACUGCACCGCCCCCAGCCAGAACUGUGUGAACAGGGGGAAGCUGCUCACCGAUGUGUAAGGCAGCGCCUGCACACUGCUGUAAAUAUUGUAGAAAUAUCUGGAUGCUUUAAACUCUAUAGGUGCAUUUUAUUCUUUUUUUAAACAUUAUUCUUUCAAACGUAUAAACAAACUAAAACACACAUAGUGAGGCAAUCUUGAGCAGACCUUAGCAAAAAGUUAUGUUAAAUAUUUGUAUCCAUUCCAAAAUAUUUCACAGGUUUCACUGCCAGUUCUACAUGUCAAAUUCAAUUCUUUUGGACCAGAGACAGGAUGCAGAUGUGUCUUUUAUCCUGGACAAGCCUCCAAUAAUCUGGUUCCUAUAAUAAAAAUCUGAAUCAUCUACAUUUUACAAUCUAUAGGGGUUGCUCCAUCAAUUUCAGAUGCUUAAUCUGUUCGGUUCAAGAGCAAACUUUAGAUACAAGAGAUUAUUGUUAGGAAUACCGGACAAUAUUCAAUUGAUUAUACUGCUUGAGAUAAAUACCAAUUUUAUGUUUUCUAGUUGAACUUUAAAGUGUGUGGUGUAACAUAAAAUAAACUAGGUUACCCUGCUCAUAUUAGUUCAAUUAUUUGGACCAGAGGUAUGUUUCAGGUCAAUUUUUGUCCCCUACAAACUAACAUGAGUGAUGUCAUGACCUGAUUCCUGGGCUACUGGUUAUUAGACCUCUAGCUUCAGGAUAUUUUUUCAGGUACUCAAAGUCUUAUUUUGAAUUCCACUCAAACCCAUGAUCAUUUUUAAAACCUGACCUCCAGGUUUAGUAAUGAAUUGUGAGGGGUUUUUUGUUAUGGGGUUAUUCCACUACUUUUAUACAUACUGAACCCAUUUAAGUGAGAGUAAAAAUUUUGUCCCCAAUAAGUAUUCUGAACAUUGUACUAUUAUUAAUUUAAGGAUGUUUCAUUGCCAGCUUCUGACAUUAAAUGUUUUUCCUUUUGCCUCAGGACAUAACAGCUAGAGGUUCUAAAUUGGUUUCCCGGACAAGCCCCCAAUUAUUUUAAAACUAGGCCAUGCAAGAAAACAGUAAAUUUAUCAUAAUUCAUAUAUUUUUUUCAUAAAAUGAAAGGUAUUAGUCAAACAUCUUAACAACCUCAGUCCAUUUUUUCCAGAGACAAGAACCAGGUUUAAAUGGGUUCUGAAUUUGAAUCCUGGACAAAACUUCAAAUAAUACUAAUCUUAAAUUCUUGGAUUUAAACCACCAAAUGUACUUUAAACAACUAAGGAUGUUACACUGCCAAUUAUUGACAGCUAGCUUUAAUUCUUUUUGUCUGCAGGAAUGUUUGGGGUGCUAGAAAUCCUAUUUUUGUAUCCCAGGCAAGCUGCCAAAGAUUUUACAACCCAGCUCCAGGAGUUUGACAUUUGGUGAAUUUCCUAAAUGUAUCCCAUUCAUGGUCAGAGACCUACAGAAAUAAAUUAUAGGGUUAAUAGUUGUGGAUGAAAUGGGUCUAGGUUUUAUUAACUAAAAAAACAUGUUACGUAUUACUUAAUAUUUGAUCUUUAAUAUGCCAAAUGUCACACUGCCAGUUUCAGUCACCCAGCUACUAAGUUUUGGCGCAGAAGUAUGUUUAAGGUACAAAAAGUCCUGGUUUUGUAUUGUGGAAAUGACCCCAAUAAUAUUAAAAUCCCAUCCGAAAAGCUUAGAAACUGUUUCAGAAAAAUAUAUCUCAAGUUUAAGAAAUGUAGAAUUAAAAAAGAAAAAUGACCAAAAACUAAUGAUCUUGCCACCACUUCACAUGUAUUACUUAUAAUUCACUCACUGACAGCCUUUCUGCCAUGGUUUAAAACAUGUGUCUUAUGGUAAUAAUGUAAUAUUACAAAUAGAUGCAUGUUUUUAAAGACCAAGUUGAUCUCUGGGAAAUGCAGUAUUCUUAUUACAUUCCCAUUUACUAGAAAAGGGGUUUUUCAGUCUGUGUCGUCUCAGUGUUCACUAAUCAAUUGCUUUUUAUUCCUAAAUGUGCAAUACUAAAUUGAUGGAGUGCCUCAUUAAUAACAUGCAAAGAUCUGCUAUAAUUGGAGUAUAACUUUAAACCUAUUUACUACAACAUUUCACUGCCAUCUCCUUUUGUUUUAGUAUGUAUUAAUUUAUAACAUUUUAAAUGCUCCAGCUCUUAACAACUGAGUUACACAAAUCCAACAUUUGUGAAAAGAAUUCUGGUUUAUUCAGAUUAUUAAAGCACUUUAUAUUGACUUAAAACACAUUAAAACAUUUAGGAAAUUCAUAUUAAAUAUUAAUAAUAAGUGUUUCAAACUGAAUACAUAAAACAAGAACGAUGAGGACUUAAUUGGAGGACAAACAACAAAACUGGACAAAAUAUUUUUGGUGAAAGGGGACAGCUGCCUGGUUUGGUGCAACAGACUCAACUUUGUGGAUGAAAGCCCAUCUGAGAUUCACAAGAACAACUUUCUCCACGACGGUUGGAUUACAGUUACAGACGUUUGUGCUUUUUGCAGCACAUCCAGGAAAAAUAGAGAAAAAACAUUACAUGGCGAAUUUUUCAGGCACUUUAAGAGAAGCAAACAGGAAGUUUGUGGAGCCUUUGUGGAGGGACGAUCUGCACCGAUGCUGCUGCAGGUCAGCUGAAGGUUCCCUGUUUGAUGCCAUGCAACGCUCCUUUAUAUAAAUGCAUGUGGAGACUCUUCUCUUUUAUAUCAGCAUGCACACAACGUUACCUCAUUUUCUUUUUGUUGUCUUCUUCAGCCCUCAUCCUCUUCUCCUGGAUUAUGUUUUGUUUUCACCAGAAGUGCUCUGGCUGUUUAUUGUCAAAGUUGUUUCAGAGCAUUUCCGUCUUGAAUGUUUAAGGAGAACAGCAACAUUUCUUUCUUCGGAGAUCACGGCAUGUCAAAAUACUUCAGCAUUAUGGCCUAAACAGCUAUGAUAUAGCUACGUAUACUCAAUGCAUGACGUCAGUAUUAAAUUGCUUGCAGUUUUCGGAUGGAGCACGGGAAAACGGAGGGGAGACGACGAUUCCCGUUAAGUUAUUCCGUGGAAAAAUGCAUGACGGAGGAAACUGUUAGAAGGAACUAAUGUGCUUAAAACAGAAGAAAUCUUAAAAAACAAUUACUUUUAAGUUUUUUCCUCCUUUUUGUAUUUCCUUAAAGCUUUGAUAAUUGAGUGCAUGGGAACGUUUAAUUUAAUUUGUGAGCCCAUUUUUCUGUUAUUUUGAAGAAGAAAAAGUAUAAUAUUGAACAAAGCUCGUAGAGUAUAUACCUAAAAAUCAGUUUCCAGUGCCUUGAAGCCCGUCUCGUUAUAGAAUUGACUAAAGUGCCUCCUGUUAUAAGAGCUUACGACGUGCAGCUUAACCUCUCCUGCUAUAAAGAUGCACUGAUCCCACAUAUCUGCCACUGAAGGGACAGUUUACUCCAUAUUAUCGGGCCAUAUAAAACCCCUUUCCUAUCCUACUCGAUGACACAAAGCUGCAGCAUUUAGCCGGUAAUGUUAGCAACAAAAAGACAACCUCAUCUGGUCAAGUCCAGAUGAACUUAUGUGAACUGUAUAAACAGAAACAUUUGGACUAAAUUACUUGUUUCAGAUCAAGGAUUACCAACAUUAAAGUAUUAGAGUUUUUCUUAGGUUUACUUUAUUUAAAUUCAGAUGUUUACAUACACUAAGAUGUCUUGAAAGUAUUUGGAAAAGCCCAGAUGAUGAUGUCAGAACUUUCUAAACUUCAAAGGUUUAAAUUAAGCAUGUGGACAUAUUUUAAAGUCAAUCCUCAAACAUGUUGGUUCUUGUGUGUCAUCACAGACAACCAACCAGCCAGAAAGUCAACAAGUAAAUAGUGAAUUUGAAAGUUCUUCAUUGGUCUGUUCAAACAAUUGCCAGUAUUAACGUCAUGAGGACGUUCAGGUGUCUUGUUGUUCUGGAAGGAGACGGGUUCUGCAUCAUUAUCCACAGGGAUGAAAGUUCUUUGCUAGCAUUGGCUGAUAAGUCACUUAGUAAGGAAGAAACAACUGCAGUUUGCAAAUGCACUUUUUAAGAGACGUCCCUGGAUUUAAUGGAACUAAAAUUACAGUCCAUCGUCUAAAGUGGAGGAAGAAGGAAGAAGGAAAAAGCCUAUAAGUUCGAAAACACCACCCAACUACUAACUAUGGUAGUGGAUCCAUUGUGUUAUGCAGGUAUUUUGCUUCAUGAAGGACUGGUGCACUUUGCAAGAUAGAUGGCAUUACUUUAUCUGGUCUUCCAAAAUGGACAAUGACACACCAGCCCUGUUUAGUUGGCUUUAAUUGAAUUUUAAUUCGUUUGUCUAGAAAGUCCAGUUUGUUGAACUCUGAUGCAGGUCAAAACGGCGACCUCUGGAGAGUUGUAAAUACUCCAAGAGAUGGAAGCGAACUAUAGUGCAGGACUUUCUGGGUAAAUACAACCAAAACAAUUGCGUGUGUCUAGCGCUAGUGGGAGAAAUGCUUUGUGGUCUUUUACCAAAGACAAAACAGAAAUCUAACAAUCACUAAAAUCUGAUGGCUUUUCAUUUUUGUUUACAUUUCAUGAGAAAGGAAGCUGAGUUUUUUUCCUUCAGUAGUUCUUUAUUUUAAAGGGUUUGGUCUAUUUGGCACCAUGCAGUGUGAAAGUGAACCGUAGCAACUGAAAAUACAACAAAUGUUGCAAUUUUGGUCCCAAAUCGAACCAAAACUACCAGACUGUCAGGUGUAAAAAUAAGCUUAGCACACCACUACAUUACUACAACCUGGCUUCAGGUCAAUAAAGUUAAUGUUUUGGAGCUUCCCAUACGAAUCCGUGAUCUCAGUUGCAUGGAAAAUAUGUGGGCAGAUAUAGAAAGGCGAGUCCAAUCUAGUUACACCAGUACUGUCAGGAGGAACGGGCCAGAACUUUAGCAAACUUUUGUGGGAAGAUUGUGGAACAUUUGACCCAAGUCAGAUAGUUUAAAAGAUGAUUUUACCAAAUACUGAGAAAUGUCUGAUGUAAAUGUCUGAAUUAAAAAAAAAACUUGGUAAUUCUAACUGAGCUAAAGCAGGACUAGUUUAGUCUGACUUGAUCUCAGAUGGUAAUAAUAUACCAACGCAUGAUGUUAUACAGUGUAUAGAAAUGUCUGGGCUUAACUUUAUAUGCAGGCGAUUAGUCUGGGAAUCUCUUAUUUCCACGCUGUUAUUCCAGGACAGCGAGUAAAAGUUUCCACACGAUCAGUAAGAGUCCAGAUUACUGAACACCAACAGGCACCGCUUGAAUCCGCUGCUCGGGGGGUUUAGGGUGGGCUAUGUAACAACAGAUUUAAUUAGCCAACUCAUUAAGCGCCUGUUCCGACGUCUUUGUGUCGUUGUUGAGCCUGAAUCAAAGUAAUGCACAAAUUUCCCCUC